AUGGACACGUUUCACAUAGGACACGAACAUCAGGUGGACCACCAGCAACGCGCUGGAAGGGCCCUCGCCAGAAUUUGCGUACUCUUCUUCAUGAGCUUCGCCAUCAUCAUAUACCACUUCUCAAUCGAUCUACCGGACAGCGCGCCGCCAGUAGAGGUGCAUAAAACGCCCGGCAUCAAGUUCAACGACGCCGCAUUCUCCACCGUCAAAAUAUACGUCCACCAGGCGCUCACGCUGCCCAGGACCACAUUACAGCUCGCUGGCAUGGUAGACAUCAUCAACGUGGAGCCCUCGAGGAUACUGGGUAUCGAGAAGCAAACCACGCUGCGCUGGGAGAGGGACGCAGAUAACGCGCUCAACCUGGCGCCCUCAAACACAGUAUACGGGCUAACGAGCAUAUACGCGCACACAGAGAAGGAUCACGACGUUUUCACGGCAGUAAUGCGCAUGCCGCUGUCGGUAUGCAACGGACUGUACUACUCCUGGACCUGCCAGAAAAACGAAAGGCACGAACUCUACGACAACUCAUACUGUGUGGUACUGAUGCAGUCGGAGUCGCUGCAAACUAUACUGGACGCGGCGCGAGAUGCCACUCAAACGGAGAAAAUCAGGUUGGAAGAACCGUACGUAAUUGGCGCAUUCUGCGGAAACCCGAUGCUCCAGCGCAUCACGGCUGGGCGGCGCUCGGUAUACCUCCUCAACCGCAAAAAGGAAAGCCAAGAUCCAGACAGGGACUACCUGCUGUGCAGGUUUAGCAAAGCACACAGAGAGCUAUCGCAGUGUACGGACGUCGGAAUGAAGAAAUACGCCUUCGGCAUGCCGCUGGCGCUCAUGUAUUCGUCGGCGGUGGAUACCGCCGUCACCGUACAGUACCAGGAUAAUGACACACUCAAACUCAUCACUUUCGACGGACAACACCUCAACCCAAAGGCCAUACUCAAGGCGAUGCCCUCGUCCAGCGGAUUCCUCAUGUAUUCCAACAGCUACGAAGGAAGCGUUAUCUUCCACGCAGACCUCACGCUUUUGGAAGUAGACACCGUCGUCGAUCUCGAGUCGGGGCACGAUCUCACCAUAGGUGUGAUGUGA